AUGGACACUCCCACUGAUACUGUCAAAAAAGCGAAGAGACAUACGCACACCUACAGCUUUUUCCGAGAGCUGUUGACCACCUUAGAGGGUUUGAGUUUGUUGAUGACCGCUUUUUGCUUGAAGAGUUUCACAGAUAAUUAUGGGAAUAUUCGGACUUUGCUGGAGACCGUGGUUGACACUCCUGCUUUGCAAACUUUGGUACAGUUCUAUGAUCCUGAAAUGAGGUUUUUCACGUUCCAGGAUUACCAGUUGGCUCCGACAUUGGAAGAGUACUCCAUUAUUCUUAAUCUCAAGAUAAAAGAUGAAGUGCCAUUCAUCGAUAUUCCUAAGGAAGAAUUUGGGAAAGAGAAUUGGAACUCGUACAAUGCAUUGCUCGCUGUGGCUAUUUACGGGAUUGUGAUGUUCCCGAAUGUUCCCAAUUUCGUAGACUCGGUCACGGUGCACCUUUUCAUGGGAAAGAACCCCGUUCCUACAUUGUUGGCUGAUACUUAUUAUGCCAUUCAUUCCCGAUAUGAGAAGGGUGGUGGUGUUAUUACUUAUUGCCUUCAGUUGUUGUUCAUCUGGUUCCUCUCUUUGUUACCCAGCAAAGUACCUUUUGUGAAAACAAGGGAAACACUCAAGUGGACCCAAAGGAUCAUGUCACUUACUUCCUAUGAUAUCCAAUGGCAAAGGUAUCGAAUUAAUGUUUCCGAGGUGAUAGUUGGGUGCGGUGAGUUCAAUAAUGUUCCUUUGGUUGGUACUAGGGGUUGCAUUAAUUACAAUCCCGUGGUAUCUUUGCGUCAAUUAGGGUACACCUUGAAGGACAAGCCGGCGAAUCAUUUGGUAGCGGAGACGGUCUAUUUUGAGAAGGGGUCGGAUUCGGAAAAAUUGAGAAGGAUAGUUUUGGCUUGGAAAAAGGUCUGUAAGCAUUAUGGAGUUCAUCUAGGGAAGAAAGAAUCGCUUGCCUUGACGCUGUAUGUGGAAUGGAUUGUGAAGCGGGUUGGAGAUCUGUUGUUGCCAUAUGACAAAGUUCCGCCACUUCAAAAGCAACCUCCUUUGAUUCUAUCUGAAUUUGUGCCAACAGAACUUUACAAGAAUGCUUUGGUUACCAACUACAGGUUGCAUGAAAGAGAACAAGAGACCAACUUGAAAUUCUUUGAAGAGAGAGAGGCAAAGAUGAGGUUAAUGCACCAGCUCAAGCAAGUCGAAGGCGCAAGUUCAAGCCAGGCCAGUGCCUAG